GCCGCCAUGGAGCUGAGCGAGAUGCUCUACAACAAGUCCGAGUACAUCGAGACGGCGUCCGGCAACAAGGUGAGCCGGCAGUCCGUGCUGUGCGGCAGCCAGAACAUCGUGCUCAACGGCAAGACCAUCGUCAUGAACGACUGCAUCAUCCGCGGCGACCUGGCCAACGUGCGCGUGGGCCGGCACUGCGUGGUCAAGAGCCGCAGCGUCAUCAGGCCGCCCUUCAAGAAGUUCAGCAAAGGGGUCGCCUUCUUUCCUCUCCACAUUGGCGAUCACGUCUUCAUAGAAGAGGACUGUGUUGUCAACGCAGCCCAGAUCGGCUCCUACGUCCACAUAGGCAAGAACUGCGUCAUUGGUCGUAGGUGUGUUCUGAAAGACUGCUGCAAAAUCUUGGACAAUACAGUAUUGCCUCCUGAAACGGUCGUCCCGCCUUUCACAGUGUUCUCGGGCUGCCCAGGACUCUUCUCCGGGGAACUCCCGGAAUGCACCCAGGAGCUCAUGAUCGACGUUACAAAAAGCUACUACCAGAAGUUCCUGCCGCUCACUCAGAAAGCUCUUCAGUGCUUUUUGCAUCCUAAAACUUAAGCUGGAGRUUCAGACUUCUUGGAAAGAGGGAAUGUUUCAUUUUGCACCACCAGGAUGGACAUGGCUAACGCUUUAUGUACUCCACUUGGUACCAGACAACUGACCAACAAUUAAUCUGCCCAGUUUCUGUUGCAUUAGAGCAUCAGCCCUCUGUGGCUGUUGGAAGGAGGGCUCCUGCGCGUUGCGACGCCCGGCUGGGCAGAGCGCGCGUUAGGGAGGUAGCGGGUGUGCGAGAGGCCGGCAGCCCUGCCGCGCUCACGCUCUUCUGUGUAGUGCAGAGUACUGAGAUGCAUUAAUUAGCAAACAGCUUCAAAACACUAGUGUGUGUAGUAACCACUGUUAAUCACAUGUAAAGCCGCUGUCUGGUUUGUAUU